AUGAUGGCCUCGACGACUUCACGUGCUGCACGCCAGCUGCGAUUCGGGCGUCAGCUGUGCCCUACCGCGCGCUCGUCCACCGCCAGCAGCUCGACGAUGCUCUCACGCACCUUUGCCAGCACGGCGCUUGCAAGCAAGGACGGCGACGAGCCGCAGGGCCAUUUGCCCGGCCAUCCAUCGUCGGUGUUCCUCACCUCGCUCAACGACAGCUUCUUCGACCGUGUCAAGCCCAAGCAGCUUUCGGGCAACUCGAACGCCCAGGGUGGCAUCCCCACCUUCCGGCUCAUGGACGGUGUCGGUCGCCUCCUCCCCGGCGUCACGGACCAGAUGGUGGACAUCACCGAGCAAGAGGCGGUCAAGAUGUACCGAACCAUGCUGCUCCUGCCCCAGAUCGACGUGAUUCUGUACAACGCCCAGCGCCAGGGACGAAUCUCGUUCAUGAUGACAUCCUACGGCGAAGAGGGUGCUGUUAUCGGUAGUGCCGCGGGGCUCGAUACCAAGGACGAGGUGUUUGCACAGUACAGAGAAUCCGGUGUACUGCUGUGGCGCGAGUUCUCCAUGGACCAUUACAUGUCGCAGGUGUUUGGGGCCGAAGAUGAUCUGUGCGGCGGCAGGCAGAUGCCCAUCCACUUUGGAAGCACCCAGCACCACUUUCACACCAUCAGCAGCCCGCUUGCUACGCAGAUCCCCCAGGCGGCAGGUGCAGGUUAUGCGCUCAAGAGGACCAAGGGCAGGGAGAACAACGUCGUCGUUUGCUACUUUGGCGAAGGCGCCGCGAGCGAAGGUGAUUUUCACGCGGGUAUGAACCUUGCUAGCACCACCAAAAGCCCCGUGAUCUUCUUUGUGCGCAACAAUGGGUAUGCGAUUUCGACGCCUGCAGCCGAGCAGUUCCGAGGUGAUGGUAUUGCGUCUCGCGGACCGGGGUACGGGAUGCUCACCAUCCGUGUCGACGGUAACGAUGCCCUUGCAGUGCGUUCGGCCGUACAAGCCGCCAAGGCCAAGGCGAUCGCGGAGCAGCGACCGGUGCUGAUUGAAGCCAUGACGUACCGCGUGGGCCACCAUUCGACCUCGGACGACUCGUCGGCCUACCGCAGCAAGCAGGCAGUAGAAAGCUGGAAGCAGAUGGACAAUCCGCUCCACCGCAUGCGCAACUUCCUCACCGACCGUGGCUGGUGGAACGAUGCACUCGAGGAGCAGACCAAGGCCGAACAUCGCAAGACCGUCAUCGAGGCAAUGGGCCGCGCAGAGAAGAAGAAACGCCCCCAACUCAGCAGCCUCUUCGAAGGCACCUACCGUGGCGAGUUGCCGGGAAAUCUGAGGGAACAACGCGCCGAACUCGCCGAGCUGUUGCAGAAAUACGGCGCGCUCCCGGGUUGGUCCAAGGAGCUCGCCAAGCACGCCAAUGCUGGCAAGGACAUGGAGCAGUACCGCGAGAACAAGCUCUAG